UUGUUGGUUAUGCGGGGGUUUAAGGUUCAGUUACGGGGGUGCUGGUAGAUUUUUCUGAAAUAAGGUGAACUUAGGCUCAAGCCCAAUAGCCACGAAAGAGAUAGAGACCACAGUUUCUACUAUCUCAACAAUUCCGUUCACUACAAUGGCCUCCACCGCCGCCAGAUCAAUAUUCCGAUCAUCUUCUUCAGCCAGAUCAGCGUUUCGCGUCGCAUCGGAGGCAAAACCAGCACGUUCUCCAUUCCGCACCGCCUCCACUAAACCUCCCUUGCCAUCACAGUCCACAUUCAGGUCCCCUGUUGAAUUGAGUUUUUGCGUGGAAUCCAUGAUGCCUUACCACACGGUCACUGCUUCUGCGCUCAUGACCUCUAUGCUUUCCAUUUCAAGCCGCAACUACGCGUGGCUUUCAGAAGGUGAAUGUUUGUUGCAACUGGCACAACGUUGUUUGAAGCAUCCAAUACAAUUGAAGCAAAUUCAUUCUCUUGUCAUCACCAAUGGUUACCUCCUUUUUCACCAUAACAAAUGGAUUCCAACACUUCUCUACAAUGCUCUCAUAAAAGCCUAUCAUGUUCAAAACCACAACAAGGUUCUUGUCAUUUUUACUCACAUGCUUUCAAACAAUGUCUCACCCAACACUCACACUUUCCCUCCUCUUCUUAAAUCAUCACCUCAUUCUCUUGUCACAUCUCUUCAUUCUCAAGCCCUCAAACGUGGAAUCUUGUCUGACCCCUUUGUGCUCACUACUCUUCUUGUACUCUAUGCAAGAAACAACCACCUUGUUUGUGCACAAAAGGUGUUUGAGGAAGUUCCUCUCUUUUGUAUUGUUGCUUCCAAUGCAAUGAUCAAUGCUUUUUCAAUGAAUGGUAAUAUGCAGUGUGCUUUGUCACUCUUUCAAUCUAUGCCGUACCAGGAUGUUGUUUCGUGGACUACUAUGGUUAAUGGUUAUGCUGUGAAUGGGAGUUUCGGUGCUGCGAUUCGGUUUUUUGGGAGGAUGAUGACUCGUAAGGAUGUUGUGAGUUGUUUGGUGAAACCAAAUGAGGCUACUUAUGUUAGUGUGAUAUCCUCAUGUGCUGGUUUAGAAGGAAAGGCUGCUCUUGAUUUCGGAAGGCAAGUUCAUGGUUACAUAUUGGUGAAAGGGGUUGAUUUGGGAGUUUUCGCUGGAACUUCGUUGAUAAAUCUUUAUGGAAAGAUGGGGUGUUUGAACUAUGCUGUGAGUGUUUUUAGAGUAAUGGUUAAAAGAGAGGUUUGUACUUGGAAUGCAAUGAUUUCUUCACUGGCUUCCAAUGGUAGAGAGAAGGAGGCAUUUGAUUUGUUUAAAAAGAUGAAGAAGCGUCAAGGGUUGCAACCAAAUAGCAUUACCUUUGUGGCAGUUCUUACAGCAUGUGCUCGUGGGAGGUUUGUUCGGGAAGGAUUGGAGUUGUUUGGAUUGAUGUCGAGUGAGUUUCAAAUAGUGCCAGUAAUGGAGCACUAUGGCUGCAUGGUUGAUCUUUUGGGAAGAGCAGGUCAUAUUCAGGAAGCUGCUGAUAUCAUAAGAAAUAUGCCUUUUCAGCCUGAUGAAUCUGUAUUGGGUGCCUUUUUGGGUGCAUGUAGGAUUCAUGGAGCUAUUGAACUCGGAGAAGAAAUAGCGAAGGAGAUCCUUAAAUUGCAGACACAACACUGCGGCCAAUACUUGUUAUUGUCAAGCAUGAAUGCUGAUAAAGAAAGAUGGGAUCAUGCUGCUGAUUUGAGGAAAGAAAUUAUGGAGGCUGGAAUUCACAAAAUUCCAGCAUUUAGUAUGGUUCAUUUAACAUAAUUUUACUCUUCUCUUUUAAAUAUGUUAUCUAUUUUAAUCUAUUGUACAUAACUUGAAUCACUUGCUAUCUUGUCAUUGAUAGAAAUCAAUUGAUGAUAGCUUUCUGCUAAAGUACUCUAUUCCCACCAAAUCAGAAAAGCGAAUACAUAAUUUCUCAUUGUUGAA